CGUCGUAGAAAGACAUAGAUUAAUCCUUUGUAAAAAAAAAAUACCGUAUGGAGAUAUGUAUAUUUUACUCUAUCUCGUUAUGUGGAAAAGAGAGACAUCCUGAAAUAUCGAGCUUAUCAACUCGAGUGCUUUUUUCCUGGGACCAGAGAAAUUCCUUUUGGCUCCUCUACAUUUGGUGGUGUGUACGGAUUUUCAUGUACAAAGAAAAAAAAAUGAGUCAAGAGUAACGUAAGGUGUUUGCAUGCUUCAUACAACCUAAUUGAUUUGUACUUUUCAUGUUGAAUAUACAGCCAGCUCUCUUUCAGCGACGUGCCUUUCUAAAGUAGAGCGUUUGUGCCGAUUUGUUGAUUAUUAUAUAUCCAUGAUUCGUAUAUAUCCAUUCAAUAUCGUCACGUCUCUUGUAUGCUCGAUACCGGUUGCCCUCGAGCAUCCCGUGUUAAGAUGACGGUGUCCGUCUUGUGUGCAGGUUUAGGCCUCGGUGCGUCUUCAACCGGCAGACGAGAUUCCUUUGAUAGAAAUACUUCAGCCUUCAGUCCAAGCUUGGAAUAUAGCCGGGCGAAGUGGCCUCAGAGUUACGGCGCCCUCGGUACAGUUACCGCGUCACCGAGUCCCCUGGGUUUGUCAUUAACACCGCCGCCGACUUUAGGGGGAUCUUUGGGUGGUCUUGUCGGAGGUGCCAGUCGAGUAUCAGCAGCUCCCGGUGCCGAAGCCAAGUUCCGCGCCAGUGCGGUACCCACACUAACAGCCAACGGAGUGUUUGGCUCUAGUAGCUCUCUUUUUCCCAAUCUCGUAGGCAAGCCCGGCCGUGGAGGUGCCGCUAAUAUCAAUGACAAAAAUUCCGGAGGACGAUCCCGUCUGUUGGAAGAUUUUCGAAAUAAUCGUUUCCCGAGUCUUCAGUUGCGCGAUUUGGCUAAUCAUAUAGUCGAGUUCAGUCAAGAUCAGCAUGGUUCGCGAUUCAUUCAGCAGAAAUUGGAACGAGCCUCAGCCAGCGAGAAACAGCUCGUGUUCCAAGAGAUCCUCUCGUCUGCAUAUUCUCUCAUGACAGAUGUCUUCGGAAAUUACGUCAUUCAGAAGUUCUUUGAAUACGGCACACAGGAACAAAAAUCGACUCUUGCCCAAAAGGUUCGCGGACACGUCCUUCCGUUGGCGCUACAGAUGUAUGGCUGCAGAGUCAUACAGAAGGCACUCGAGUCGAUCGGACCGGAACAACAGCAGGAAAUCGUGCGAGAACUGGAUGGGCAUGUGUUGAAGUGCGUCAAGGAUCAGAACGGGAAUCAUGUUGUACAGAAAUGCAUCGAGUGUGUUGAACCGCGAGCAUUGCAGUUCGUGAUAGGAGCUUUUGCGGGACAGGUAUACUCUCUGAGUACUCAUCCGUACGGUUGCCGAGUGAUCCAACGUAUCCUCGAGCAUUGCACUCCAGAACAAACUCAAGGAAUCCUGCAAGAGUUGCAUGCCGCAACUGACCAACUAAUUCAGGAUCAAUAUGGCAAUUACGUCAUUCAACAUGUGCUUGAGCACGGAAAACCAGAGGACAAAGCACAAUUAAUCGGCAGCGUUAGAGGCAAAGUACUCGCUCUUUCCCAGCACAAGUUUGCGAGCAACGUCGUCGAGAAAUGCGUGACUCAUGCUACAAGACAGGAACGUGCUGUACUGAUUGAGGAAGUUUGCGGCUUCAACGAUAACGCGUUGAAUGUGAUGAUGAAGGAUCAGUAUGCCAAUUACGUCGUCCAGAAGAUGAUCGACGUCGCGGAGCCGCAGCAACGCAAGAUACUGAUGCAUAAGAUUCGGCCGCAUUUGGGAAGCUUGCGCAAGUACACAUACGGCAAGCACAUCAUCGUUAAACUGGAGAAGUUUUUCAUGAAGACCGCUUCGGCGAUGGGAGUAGGAGCAACGCCUGCUGGUACAUCGACGAACAGCGGAGGCGGCGAUCUCGGGCCGAUCGGACCGCCCGCGUCCGCCGCGUCCGGCCCGGUCUCGACGUCGAGCCAGCAAUCAACGCAAGUUUUAUAAACGCACGUGCGCGGGAUCACCUCCCACCGCGGAAAAGGAAGAGAGUUCCGCAAGGAGAGAGGCAAGAAGAACCGCACGUCGCGUUAAGUACUACCACCACCAACCCUAUCUUUUUACCUUAGCGAGAUCUGUUCUCUAUCUAUCGACGGGAAUGACGUAUUUCAACGAAUUUCCCACGUUUUUUUCUUUCCUCGUUUUGCCCCGUGUCCUUCGAAGGCAAGAGAAAAAAAAAGAGGCGGAAAAAAAAACUUCUCGGACGAUUGUUUCUCGUGAGAAAUUUGCUAAUGUAACGAUCUUUCUUAUUUUUGCAAUCGUGAAGUCGACGACAAUUUGUACAGUAAAAAAACCCACAGCUUCACUUCGGGACCCGGGCAACGCGAGAUCACGUUAUGGCGAAGUCUGUUCUAACGAGAACCCCACGGAAAAACAGUCCGUAGAAACGAGGAUAGAGAUACGUUGUAGCGCAUUUUUCUAUCGUUUUGCAAUACGUACCCCUCCCCUACACGGGAGGGAGUAUCACGUGCGUAGAGAUAUUCGCAUUACCGAGUGUAUUGAGCAUACCGAGUAGACGUUGCACUAUGAUUUCUGAUUUGCAGACAAUGUUUCUCACGAUCGGCUCGACGAGUUUCAAAUACGUUUCACGACCAAUCGCGCACGCUGAGCCAAGCCACUGAGGCUUGAUGUCUCGUGCCGUAUAAGAAUGCAUUAAAUUUCGUACAGAUCCCUAAGAGAGGAUCGCUCGAUUGAAUUAUCGUGCAGAGCAAUUACGCUGGAUUUAUUAGAUGCGUUACGUCCCCUCGAGUCGGUACACGGAAUAGGAAAGAUGUUUUAGGGCUCUAGAUCCUACGGCGAGAGUAAAGCAAAACGGUGUCGUUACAUGGAUGUGCGAAGCGUCGGAUGUUUCUCGUCGAGAAUUAUAACCUCGGCGAGGACGUCAACAACGAGCUUUUACGAGGGCGACGCGAUAAAAUCGCGGACAGUUUUAGAGAGUUAGGUCUUAGUGCUGCAUGCAUUUAUAUCGAAUUGUACGAGGGUUGUAACACAUAUUUACACGUACAUACAUACACAUACGCAGAGAGACAAACACGCCGCGCGUAAUGUGUGACGUUCCCGAUCUCGCGUAUACCGCGCCGCUUCCUCUCUUUUACACGCAACUGCUGCUGCUUUAGUAUUAUUUUAAAAUGCGCGGUAUGCGCCUGAUCGACGUGUCGGCAGACGAGAGAAUAGGGUUAAAACUUGAGAAGUAGAAGUCUUAGGAGUUUAUAGAUAUGUUGUUUAAUUGUAGCAUAGCGUUUGACAUGGGAAUGAAAAAACAAUCAGGCAUAGACCCCUUGGAUCUGGACAUCUGACCUGACCAUCGAUCUG